AUGUCUCAUGUUUAUGCAAUUAAUACUGGCGGUUAUCAUACAGAUAUCGCUAUAACAGUUUAUAGUAAUCGCAUAUUUUUAAUCGUAUCGCAUUUCAAGAAACUUGGAUCAUUAAUAACGGUGAAUCGAGAAUCAGCUUUAAAUCAAUUUAGCAAUAAUAUAUUUUCUACGAAAGUUAUUUUUGGUAAAGAUGAAGUUGAUGUUCAUGCCGCCGCUAGAUAUAUGGCAGAACAAAUAAAUAUCGAUAGGCCAAUGUUGUUAUCGAUGUGUUUAAAAGAUUACAAUACAGAAAUAUUAAAAACUAUAAUUAAUAGUAUAAAUGAAUUGAAACUGUGGUAA